AUGGCGGACCGGACCGCGCCGGGCUCGAACAGCAGAGUCGAGGGGUUCGAGGUGGCCAUCUCCGGCAUGGCGGCUCGGCUCGGGCUCGCCGCCGCCGUGGGGGAGCGUGCCAAGGAGAUGUACAAAAAGAUGGAGAGGGCCAAGGCGUGGCAUUAUGGCAGGGGCUGGACCAAGGACCGGAGCAAGGGCCCGCUGGCCUACGCGGCCUGCCUCUCGAUCGCGUGCAGCACAGACGGCUCGGCGCUGUCGCUGAGGGAGCUGGCCAGGGCGGCAGCCGCGGACGGCGGCGCGGCCUCGCGGAAGGAUAUUGCCACGCUGAUCGCACACAUGAAGAGGCGGCUCGGGGAAUUGGAGACAUUGGACGCAGCCGGCAUGGCUGACCGGCUUGUCCCAGGCUCUCACCCACCGUCGCACGAAGUCGAGGGGUUCGAAGCAGCCAUCUCGGGCAUGGUAGCACGGCUCGGGCUCCCGGCCGCCGUCGGGGAGCGUGGCAAGGAGGUUUUCCGGAAGAUGGAGAAGGCCAGGGCGUGGCCGCAUGGCCCGGGCCGGUCCAAGAUCCGGAGCAACGCCCCGCUGGGGUCGGCGCGGUCGCUGAGGGAGCUGGCCCUGGCGGCAGCGGGGGACGGCGGCGCGGCGUCGAGGAAGGAGAUUGCCAGGCUGGUGGCGCACAUCAGGAGCCGGCUCGAAGACGUGACGGGCAUCGGCAUGGUGAGCGUCUCCAACUACCUACGCCGCUUCAGCGCGCUUCUCAGGCUGGGAGAGGCGGAGGAGGGGGUGGCGCUGGAGGCGGCACGGCGGCUGCACAACCCGGCGUCCGUGGCGGCCGCCAUUGCCUGCCUGGCUCUCGAGCGCGCCGGCGCCCGGAAGCCCGCCAAGGACGUGGCAGCGGCCACCGGCGUCUCCAACAUGACCAUCUACGUGGUGUGCAGGAAGCUGCGCCCGCAUGCCGACCUGCUCUUCGGCUGA